CACACACAUUGCAACAUGUUUGUUUUCAGUGAAGUUUGUCAGUAGAAGCAGAGACAGGUAGUGCCUCUCAGGUGUGUGUGUUUGUAGUUUUUAUGGCAUGGCGCGGGAUACAGGAGUAGUGAAGCACAGUCUUGAGGAUAAUGGAGUUUCUGAAGAGCCUGGUACCGGGCAGCAUGUCAGGGGAAAGCCCAGGUGAUCAUGGGGGGGUUCUGCCCCGGGACUCGGGCCCCCGGCUGCUGCGUAUGAAGCGCCUGAGCCUGCUCUCCAUGGGGCAAACCAUCGAGGAGGAUGGGGCAAACCAUCGAGGAGGAUGGGGGCAUCCGGGGUCCAGGAGCCCAACACGCCUCAAAGGAAACAUCCGUCAUGUUAGGAAAUUCUUCUUUUUUGGUCCUGCUCGCGCUGGCAGGGGUCAGCACGCCUCUGCCCCCGUCAGCAGUGUGAGUAGACGGCGCCCCCCCCCCUCGGUGCCCCCGCUCCUCUGGGAGAAACACAGCAACGCAGCCGCCAUGUCGAGCAUCACCAUCGACCCCGAGCUGAAGCCCGGAGAGUUCGUCAUCAAGAGUCUGUUCGCCGAGUUCGCCGUGCUGGCGGAGAAAAAGAUCGAUAUGGUGAUGGCCGAGCCGCUGGAGAAGCCUCUGUCCCGCUCGCUGCAGAGAGGGGAAGACGCUCAGUUUGAUCAGUUAAUCAGCUCUAUGAGCUCCAUAGCAGAGCACUGCCUGCCCUCUCUGCUCAGGACUCUGUUCGACUGGUACAGGAGGCAGAGCGGCACGGAGGACGAGUCCUACGAGUACAGACCCAGGUCCAGCACCAAGUCCAAGGGAGACGAGCUGCAUCGGGACAAAGACUUCCUGCUGGAGCGGAGGGAUUUAGCCAUAGAUUUCAUUUUUUGUUUAGUGUCUGUAGAAGUUCUGAAACAGAUUCCUCUUCACCCAGUGCCAGAUGUUCUCGUACAUGAAGUCCUCCACCUGGCGUUCAAGCACUUUAAACACAAAGAGGGGUACUGCGGCCCCAACACUGGGAAUGUUCACAUCAUCGCAGACCUUUACGCCGAGGUCAUUGGAAUCCUCACUCAGUCAAAGUUCCAGGCGGUGAGGAAGAAGUUCAUCACGGAGCUGAAGGAGCUGCGUCAGAAGGAGCAGAGUCCGUACGUGGUGCAGAGCAUCAUCAGCCUCAUCAUGGGCAUGAAGUUCUUCAGGGUCAAGAUGUACCCGGUGGAGGAGUUCGAGGCCUCCUUCCAGUUCAUGCAGGAGUGUGCGCAGUACUUCCUGGAGGUGAAGGAUAAGGACAUAAAGCACGCUCUCGCUGGCCUCUUUGUGGAGAUCCUCAUCCCGGUGGCAGCGGCGGUGAAGAACGAGGUGAACGUGCCGUGCCUGAAGAACUUCGUGGAGAUGUUGUACCAGACGACCUUCGACCUGAGCUCCAGAAAGAAGCACUCGCUGGCUCUGUACCCGCUGGUGACCUGCCUCCUGUGUGUCAGUCAGAAGCAGUUCUUCCUCAACAACUGGCACAUCUUCUUGCAGAACUGCCUGUCGCACCUUAAGAUGCCGUCUAACAACAGCAUCCGAAAGCAGAUCGAGACGCUGCAGAACAAAGACCCCAAAAUGUCGCGCGUGGCUCUGGAGUCUCUGUACCGACUGCUGUGGGUCUACAUCAUCAGGAUCAAGUGUGAGAGCAACACCGUCACACAGAGUCGUCUGCUCAGCAUCGUCUCGGCUCUGUUCCCUAAAGGCUCUCGCAGCGUCGUUCCCAGAGACACUCCGCUCAACAUCUUCGUCAAGAUCAUCCAGUUCAUCGCUCAGGAGAGGCUGGACUUUGCCAUGAAGGAGAUCAUCUACGACCUGCUGUGUGUGGGCAAAUCCCACAAAACCUUCACCAUCAACCCCGAGAGGAUGAACAUCGGGCUGAGGGCCUUCCUGGUGGUCGCUGACUCUCUGCAGCAGAAAGACGGAGAGCCUCCGAUGCCGACGACGGGCAUCAUCAUGCCGUCAGGAAACACGCUGCGGGUGAAGAAGAUCUUCCUGAACACCACGCUCACCGACGAGGAGGCCAAGGGCAUCGGCAUGUCUCUGUACUACCCUCAGAUGAGGAAGGCUCUGGAUAACAUCCUGAGACACCUGGACAAAGAGGUGGGCCGCUCCAUGAGCAUGACCAACGUGCAGAUGUCCAACAAGGAGCCGGAGGACAUGAUCACGGGGGAGAGGAAGCCCAAGAUCGACCUCUUCAGGACCUGUGUGGCCGCCAUCCCCCGACUCAUCCCCGACGGCAUGAGCAGGCAGGACCUCAUCGAGCUGCUCGCCAAACUCACCAUCCAUAUGGACGAGGAGCUGCGGGGUCUGGCCUUCACCACGCUCCAGGCUCUCAUGGUGGACUUCCCCGAGUGGCGUGAGGACGUUCUGUCGGGCUUCGUGUACUUCAUCGUGCGGGAGGUGACGGACGUUCACCCCACGCUGCUGGACAACGCCGUGAAGAUGCUGCUGCAGCUCAUCAGCCAAUGGAGGCAGGCGGUGCAGAGCAGCAACAAGAGCCACGACACAGCGGGCCCUGCCAGCGGCCCCUCUCUCCUCUCCGUGCUCCACCUGGUGGAGGCUCUCUCUCUGGUGGUGCUGUGCAGCUGUCGCCCGGCAACACGCCGCCUGGCCGUCAACGUGCUGAAGGAAGUCCGCGCGCUGCACACCGCCCUGGGCAUCGGGAAGGGGGACGAGGAGCUGGCCAUCGAUGUGAUGGACAGACUGAGUGCGUCGGUGUUGGAGAGCUUCAUCCAUCUCACAGGAGCCGACCAGUCGUCCCUGCUGUACUGCCCCAGCGGCAUCGACCUGCAGACGCUGGCUGAGUGGAGCUCGUCUCCCAUCAGCCACCAGUUUGACGUGGUGAGCCCCUCCCACAUCUGGGUGUUUGCCCAUGUGACUCAGGGCCAGGACCCCUGGGUGAUCAGCUUCUCCAGCUUCCUGCGGGGGGACAACCUGCCCAAACACUGCCCCUCCGCCCUCAACUACGCCUGGAUGUUCGCCUACACCCGCCUGCAGCUGCUCUCCCCACAGGUCGACAUCAACAGCCCCAUCAAUGCUAAGAAGCUGAACAGUGUGAGCAGCAGCGACUCGUACGUGGGUCUGUGGAGGAACUACCUGAUCCUGUGCUGCAGCUGCGCCUCCUCCUCCUCUUCCUCCUGCUCCUCUGCCUCCUCCUCCACCUCCGGGUCCGUGCGCUGCUCCCCCCCCGAGACGCUGGCGUCCACGCCGGACAGCGGCUACAGCUACGACUCUAAGAUAGUGGGCUCCCCCUCCCCCUCCUCCCUGUUUAAGCACAUUGUCCCCAUGAUGCGCUCGGAGAGUAUGGACGUCACGGAGUCUCUGGUGCUCGGGCUCGGCAGGACCAACCCCUUGGCCUUCAGAGAGUUGAUAGAGGAGCUGAACCCCAUCAUCAAAGAAGCUUUAGAGAGGAGGCCUGAGAACAUGAAGCGGCGCCGGCGCCGGGACGUUCUCCGGGUCCAGCUGGUCCGGAUCUUCGAGCUGCUCGCUGACGCUGGAGUCGUCAGUCAGAUAGCCAGCGGGGGUCUGGAUGCAGAGAGCCACUCUCUGAACGGAGCGCUGCUGGAGUACGUGGAUCUGACCCGGCAGCUGCUGGAGGCCGAGAACGACAAAGACUCAGACACCCUGAAGGACAUCCGCUGCCACUUCAGCGCGCUGGUGGCCAACAUCAUCCAGAACGUCCCCGUGCACCAGAGGAGGACCAUCUUCCCGCAGCAGUCCCUCAGACACAGUCUGUUCAUGCUGUUCAGCCACUGGGCCGGACCCUUCAGCAUCAUGUUCACUCCUCUGGACCGAUACAGCGACCGCAACAUGCAGAUCAACCGCCACCAGUACUGCGCUCUCAAGGCGAUGUCUGCGGUGCUGUGCUGCGGUCCUGUCGCUGACAACGUGGGUCUCUCUUCUGAUGGAUACCUCUACAAGUGGCUCGACAACAUCCUGGACUCUCAGGACAAGAAGGUGCACCAGCUGGGCUGCGAGGCGGUGAUGCUGCUCCUGGAGCUGAACCCAGAUCAGAGUAACUUGAUGUUCUGGGCCGUGGACCGCUGCUACACCGGGGCCCGCCGUGUGGCUGCAGGCUGCUUCAGGGCCAUCGCUAACGUGUUCCACAACAGGGAUUACCAGUUUGACACGGUGGUGCUUCUGAACCUGAUCCUGUUCAAAGCUGCUGAUUCUUCCAGAGACAUCUACGAGGCGGCCAUGCAGCUGCUGCAGAUCUUGGAGCCGAAGCUCUUCAGGUACGCCCACAAACUGGAGAUCCAGAGAGGCGACGGCAUCCUGACCCCCCCCUCCCCGCUGCCUCACCUCUACUCCGUCUCCUACUACCAGCUGUCAGAGGAACUCGCCCGGACCUAUCCCGAGCUCACGCUGCCCAUCUUCUCAGAGGUGAGUCAGCGGAUCCAGACAGCGCACCCUGGUGGCCGGCAGGUGAUGCUGCACUACCUGCUGCCGUGGAUGAACAACGUGGAGCUGGUGGAUCUGAAGCCCACCACGAGGCGGGCGGAGGAGGGCGGCAGCGCUGAGGAAGAGGAAGAGGAGCGUGAGACGAUGAUGGUGAACAGCCGGCGCUGGCUGAGAGGAGAAGGCUGGGGUUCACCUCGAGCGACCACCAUGGUGCUCAACAACCUCAUGUUCAUGACCGCCAAGUACGGGGAUGAGUUCGCCUGGUCGGAGAUCGAGAACGUUUGGACCACGUUAGCCGACAGCUGGCCGAAGAACCUGAAGAUCAUCCUGCACUUCCUCACCAGCAUGUCGGGGGUCAGCAGCGACCCCAGCCUCCUGCUAUACGUGAAGCGUGUGGUGGUGUAUCUGGGUCGGGAUAAGACCAUGCAGCUGCUGGAGGAGCUGAUGUUUGAGCUGGAGAGCACGGAGCCUGUUAGCUCAGCCGUCACUCACAUGGACAACCCUCCAUACUACCGCAUCACCUCCAGCUACAAGAUCCCCUCCGUCACCACAGGAACGACCUCCAGCAGCAACACCAUGGUGCCCAACACCGAAGGGCAUCACGACGUAAAGCUGAAAGACCCCAACAUGGAGGAAAGUUACACCCACCUGGACAUCUACAGCGGUCUGAACAGUAAUCUGAACCGGCAGCACCACCGCCUGGAGUCUCGAUACAGCAGCAGCUCCGGAGGGUCCUACGAGGAGGAGAAGAGUGACUCCAUGCCGCUGUAUGCUAACUGGCGUCUGAAGGUGAUGGACCACAACCGGCCCGAGCCUCUUCCCUUCCCCCCCACCGGAGGCUGCUGGUCUCCUCUGGUGGACUACCUGCCGGAGACCAACGCCCCCGGGGUGCCGCUGCACAGGUGUAACAUCGCAGUGAUCCUCCUCACAGACCUCAUCGUGGACCACGGGGUGAAAGUGGAGUGGAACGCCUACCUGCACCUCCUGCUGCACGCCAUCUUUAUAGGGUUUGACCACCAGCACCCCGAGGUGUACGAGCACUGUAAGCGCCUGCUGCUCCACCUGCUGGUGGUUCAGGGAGCUAACAGCAGUGUGCAGUCAGUGGCCAUGGUGCUGCUGAGGAACAGAGACUACAACGAGCCCAGAGUCCUCACCGUGAAGCCCCCCGCCCCCGACAUCAACCUCACAGGCGUGCAGGAGCUGCUCCCCUCCCCCAUGACAGGCUCCGGCCUCAGCUCCUCCUCCACCUCCUCCGGCCUCGGGGUGGGGGGGGUGACGCACCUCGCCCCCCCGCUGAUCAGCGAGGUCGACGCUUCUGCAGAACAAGACGAGAAAGUCAAAGCUCUCAUCGAGUUCAUCACGUCCAG